AAAUGUCUGUUAUGGAAAAUAGGAGAUUUUAAAUGAUUUUAAGUUGGGGAAAAUGCGGAGUUUCUCCGCUGUUUCUUAGGUGAUCAAUGGAAAUUGUUUAUUAAAAUUGAGAGUUAAUUUAUUUGGCAGAUUAAAGAUAGUAAUCGGGCGGAAGGGAGUAUAUUUAAUAAAUCGGGCAAGAGUGAGCCCGAAAUGAAAAAUUGAUGAGAAAGGGGGCGAGAAAAGGCGUAAAAAUGGUGAAAACAAUCGAAACGGGCGGAGAAGCCUGGGUGGCUGGAAAUAAUUUCUGGUCCCGAGGCGAACUCCGACCGAGCCGAGACUCGAGAGUGGGGCCGCCAUUUUCCCGAAACUAACCUGAUUUAAGGCGCGUAAGCUCAUCAACGGAGUGUUUUCCUCUCAAUUUCAGGGAGCGGAUAUUUACGUAUUUUGGACGAGCCGUGGCUGUCUCUACCCGGAAAAGGGCCUACAUCGAGCGUACGACGAGUUAUCGAAGAGUUUGGCCCAGCCGAGUCGGAAGCCGUCUGAUGACAAGUCGGUGCCUUUGUGCUGGGACUCGGAGGGUAGAACGAAUCGGUGGACCGGGACGAGCCUCUCCGUGUUUCUAGGAUGUGAGCCGCCCCUCGACAUCGGACCAGCAUCGCAAACCAGAAAAGCGUCUCACUUAAACGUCUUUUCCGUCUGCAAUUCAUCGCCAGGAAAGCCGCCCAGUUAAAUGCUUGAGAAACCAUGGAGGACGGAGUAGAACUCUCUGGAGAUGUUGAAAAUGGAUCAGGAAAGGAGAACUUGGAAGAUGAAAAGAACCCCCUAAAAUCUGGUAACUUUGACAAUUCCGACAGCCUCCCUAACCAGGAAAACAACAAAUUGGAUAUCUCGAGUGCCAAGCUUAAUGGUGAUCGUGAAGAUAUUGUAGCCACUGAUAAAAAUGAUUUUACUGUUUUGAAUGAAACUUUACCCAAUGUGGACCAAGAGCCAAAAUUGGUCACUACAGGAUAUGACGAGUCUAAAAUUAGUAAAGAACGUGAAGAAAAAGAGGAAUCUAAAGCUUUGGAUGAUGAAGAUAAAGAAGGUGACUCAAUGUAUGAACCAAUGACUACAAGGAGUAAGUUGGCCAUGUUGGCAUCUUUAACAUCAUCCUCUGAGCUUACAAUUCAGCUGGUAAGUAAAGAUACUGAUAAGAAUAAUGAUGCAAAAAAUGUAAAAUUUGAUGAGAUGAAUACCAAUGAAAAAGUUCCUAAAGUUGAAAUUACCCUCUCAAAACCUAAAACAAGAUCUCAGUCUGUGGACUCCACAACAUCAGUGGAUAAGGUUAAAAAUUUGGAGGUUAAAUCUAAAAGUCAAAAGCGUAAGGCUGACACAGAAGACAAAAGUGAAUCUAAUGAAAAAUUUCCAAUUUUAUAUAAAGGUUUCAAAAAGAAAAGUGUAACUGAACUACCUGAUAAACAAGAGAAAAAAGUCAAUUUGAAGUGGAAUCCGUUUAAUCCAGCAGCUGCUUGUAAAAGGGAUCCAAAAGUUGCCAAACCCCGACAUAUUUGUGAUGAAAUAGAUUCGUCUAGUUUGCAAUCAGAAUAUGCUCAGUAUCUUGGCCUCCAGCCGAUUCUUAAAUUCAAAUGUUCUAAUUGUGGGAUGUCUUCAUUUCAGUCUAUGAGUGCUCUCAAUUCUCACCAGGUCGAUUGUAAAAAACAGGAUAAGCCAGUGCUGGGUCCGCAGAUGCCUGUGCAGCUAAAUCCCAUCAACGAACCAAAAUCAGCUAAUAUCAAAUUGACUAGAAAAGUUUUUCUCUGCUCUGCAUGUGGAACUUACUAUGAACAUUGGAAUCUCUUUUUACACAUGAGAGAAGUGCACAGGCGAUACAUCUGUUUAUUCUGUUUAGGAAUGUUUUCUGUCGCUGACAAACUUGCAGAACAUUUAACACAAAAACACAAUGUAUCGAAGCAAGAUUUUCAGUCAGUCGAUGAUUUUACAAAGUGCUACCAAACGUUUUUCCUCCUUUGCUUGGUAUGUGAUAAAGUAUUUUCUGAAACUGACACAUUUUCUGAUCACAGCUGUGAGCCAAAGAAGAACAUCGAGUCAUUGGAAGGUUCUUCAAUAACUGCCAAACAAGAAAAUUCAGCCAAUCAGAAUCAGGCCAAAACGUCCCAAGACAGUCACCAGCCAUCGAUGAAAUCCGGUGGGAAAAGGACAAGGGAAUCGGCCAAGAAGAGUUUCAGCCAACAGAAAUCAUUGCAUUCAAAGAAGGACAUAAAUGCCAGUAAUACACUCAAAGCUGAGACCACUGAAGCGUGUGAAAUGUCAAGUGUUAGUUCCCUGAUGCCUCCAGAGGCACAGCCCAAAACAGAAAAUGAGUUAAAUGAAAAAAAUGAAGAAAAUAUGCCACCUACAGCUGAACAGCCAAAUACAAAAUCAGCUGUUUCUGAUGUAGACAUGAAGAAUGUUAAUGAAACUAAAUUUGACAGCAAUCAAACCAACCAAGAAGUCAGCGAAACAUUAAACUGUCACUCAGUGCCUGUAAAGUCAUUGAAAAAAGUGAGGAAGGUAAAGAAAGUCGUCAAGAAACUCGUGAGGAAAAAAAAAUUGCCCAUCACUCCACCAGUUGUGUUACCUCCUGUACAAGAGGAAUCACCACUCCUUCCUUCCAUAAUUUCAACAACUGAUUCAGAUCCGACGGCACCAAUGGACCAAGGUGAAAUUUUAGAGAAAGAGUGCAUCAAUAAUAAUGAACAAGUAAAAGUUAAGGACGAUGUAGAUGAUAGAGAAAAAGAUUAUAACAAAAUGGAAGUCGAUGUUCCUCAACCACAGCCCCAAAACACGCCCAAAAGCCCUAAAGUUAACCAAGAAUUUGAAUUUACAAACAAACUUACAAUCCCUAAAAGCUUGUUUAAGUUGAAAUUACAAUCCACUUUAGAUUCUGAUAAUGAAAGUGAUGAUAGUCAAAAGCUCUCUCUUGUGGUUGACGAACACGCGAGCAGUGCUACUAACAGUGACAAUGAAAACAGCAAAGAUGACAGAAUUGCCCAGUUUAAAGAAAAAAUCAAUGAAAACAGCUCUUCUCAAGGAUCGACGAGUUUUGACGAUGAUCCUGCAAAAGUCAGUCAAAACGUUACCGAAAAUGUAAAUGACAUCGCCCUUGCGGGUGAGGAGGUUGCUGUUAUGGCAUUGGCGUUAGAUGAUAAAAUUGAUAACAUUUCAAUACAAACUGUAGUCAAAGAGUGUGUACGUACUUCGUGUUUGACUUGUAAUUAUUGUAGACAUGCUUCUAAAAUUGCUGUCAAUGGUAAACAGCUUGCUUUGCACUUGCUAUCUGAACACAGAUAUAUGCCAACAAAAAAUGAGACGACCGAAGACGUAAUCAACAAGUUGCGUCAGUCUUUGGAUAAACUGUCGACAAUGUUUUUCAAUUCUGAAACAUACGACAGCACCGACCCUUCAGUCUAUGUGCCAUAUGAUCAAGAAUUGAGAUUUAAUUGUUUUCAAUGCAACCAUGACUCCCCAUCGCAUAAAGACCUUUACGCCCACAAGAAAAAGUACCAUUCUAAAUCAUUACUUUUAUGCAUUAUGUGUAAAUCCACUUUUGUCAGUUACAGUGAACUAAUUUGCCAUUUGUGUCCAGGCAUGUACAGUGCAGAGAUUUUAAAUAUUGAUAUGAAAUUCCGAUGUUGUUUGUGCCCUCUAGACACAAUACCCUCUGGAUUCCGUUUAAUGGUCCAUCUUCGAAAAUCUCAUCACAUGUGCGAUAUCUGUUUGGAAAUUUGUCAGGACCAGCAAAAAUUGUCAACUCACAUGUGGAAACAUAAACUGAAUCAUUUGUGCUACAGAUGCGGGAUUGCUUAUGCCAGCAAACCAGACAUAACAAAACAUCUAUUUUGGAAGCAUGGGACAGAGAGUGUGCUUUGUAAAAAGUGUCUUCAAAAGAAAUGGCCUCAUGUUUAUCACUUUUGCAUACCUCCAACUUCGUUUAUUUGUGAAGAAUGUAACACUUCUUUUAGUAAAGCUGUUGCUCUGAAAGUGCAUAAGCGGAUCCAUGGCAAUGAUAUACCUUAUGCUUGCUCCCAGUGUGAAAAGAAGUUUGUCUCGAAAAAACUUUUAAAGCGUCAUGAAGAAAGACACAACAAACCGGUCAGUAAAAUCGAUAGUAAAAUUGAAUCGGAUAUGAAUGAAGAAGACAGCAAAGAGGAAAUAAUAAAUGUAACAGAUCUUCCAAAUGAAAACCAAGAACCUCUGAAUAUUAAUAAAAAUAAUAGUGCUGAUGAUGAUGAAAACAAAGAAAACAAACCAGCAGAUGGUACUAUAAGGAAAGAAAAGAAAAGCAAUUCUGAACUGGAUAUUCCUCCUUUAAAUUUGUCUUCAGACAGUGACUCUGAUGAUGAUGGUGAUGAUGAUGAUGAUGACAAUUCUCCUAAACCACAGAGUACUGAAAAUGAAAAAGACAAGGGAGAAGACAAUGUAAUGUCCAAUGAAAAAACACCUGUAAGUGAAGAAUUGCUUGACAAUACUAAAGUGAGUUCGAAUCCAGAGUCUGAAAUAAAAGUACAAGAUAAUCUUCCAGAAGUUGAUAGUGUAAUGCCUGAAUUGAAGGGCGUUUUAGACCUUCCCCAGCCUACAGAGAAUAGCACGAGUGAGGGAUUGAUUGAUCCUGUAGUGAGUAAUGCGAUUGAUCAACAUGAAAAAUUAUUGGAUAUAGCCAACCUUCCAUUCGUAAACAAUUUUGGAGAACAAUUGUUAGUUGACCCAGCUCAACUAGUAGAUAACAGUUCACAUUUAUUAAACACCCAUGAUAGUACAAAAGUGCCGGAUAGCCAGGCAGAUGAAAUCUGGGAAAACUUUUAUAAAACAAACCCUCAAAAUUCGAGUCUGCCUUAUCCAUUAUGCGCCAUGAAGUCAGAAGUGGCAUAUGGUAUAAUUAUGGGAGACCAUGAUUACUGCCAAAGAUCCACCAAAUCAGAGCCACUGAUCAAAGAAGAAUUGCCAUCGAAUUUAGGUCCUGGUUUGAGUGAUGAUAAAUUGGAAGAAACUACUGGCAUUGAUUCAAAACAGACAAACGAAAUCAAAGACGAAAAUCCCAGUUUAACGGAUUCUCCAAGAAAGAAACCAAAAUCUCCAAAGAAAAGAAUUUCAAAACCCUCUGGUGACAAUAGCUCUUCCUCCAGCAGUGACAGCAGUGAUACGGAUUCGAGCACUUGCAGUUGUGGUACAAAUUGCAGUUGUUCGAGCUCUUCGUCAAGUGGUUCUUCAUCAUCCAGUAGUGAUUCUGAGAGUUCUGGACCUGAGGACAGCUCUAAAGCUAAGGAACCGAGACCCAAGAAGAGGAAAGAACGCAGAAGUAGAACCAAGACAGAAAUUGAUCCGGAAGGGGACAAAGAACCUCUGUCAAAUACUAUUCUUCCUGCUGCACCAGAACCGGAAACUGUUACGGAGACACAAACUAUAAAAUCAGAAGAAAUAAAACAAGAACCUCAAGCUGAACAUAAAAUGAAACAUGAUGAAACUGAAGAGCCAAAUAUCCUUAUAGAUCCAGAGGAUCCACCAAUUAGAGAAUCAGAAUUGGAGACUGACGAGACUUCGUCUGAUGAAGAGUUUUAUGACAGUCAACCGCAAAGAAGAGUCAGCCAGUUGAUGGCUGAAAAAAGGAAUCAACUCAUGCAAAAUACUGCUGCUGGUGUACCCAGCAACAAUGGUAAUUCAUCGCCAACUUACAUGGCUGAACCUCUUCUUAACACAACCUUGCCCAUGACACCUUAUCCCCUUACACCUCCUACAGAAAUUCCAGUUACACAAACACCUACUUCAUUAACACCCAAAUCAAGAGUUCGACCAAAAAGAAAUAGAAAGGCAGUGCCAAAAAUUAAGGUACCGAUAGAAAAGCCAAUCCAAAAUUCUAGUCCAUUCCCUCAACAAUUUAUGGACAUCCCUAAAUCCUUUUCACCUUAUCAUCAACCUGUAACUUUACCAGAAUCAAAACCAUUGACACCUCUUCAAAAGCCAAUCUCCUCUUUCAUGCCAUCCGAAAACACGCCAGGAGGUUCAGAGAAUGAUAAAUCGAGGUCUUCAAAACGAAGGAGGAUCCCAAACAAGUUUUAUGGAUACUCAAGUGGCGAAGAAGACGAAAAGCCAACAUUCAAAUGGAGAAAACAAGACACACCUAGUCAUCACAAAACGACUCCUCCUUCCCAACCCAUAUUACCUCCUCCACCACCACCUCAGCCUUCGACACCGACCCCAAGGAUACAGUUGACUGUACCUAAGCACGUCAUAAGAAAAACUCCAAAAGCGGCCAAAAUUAAAGUACAAACAAGUAGCAAUGAUUCGUCGGACAGCGGCAGCGAGGAAGUGAAAAGACCGCAGUUCAUGCGUUCGAUACCGGUUCCUCCUCCACCUAUGCCCGCGCCGCAGCCUUCCCAUGGUUCACAGAAGCCCGACAAGGAUGUCUACUGCUACUGCAGAUGUCCCUAUGAUGAAGUGUCUGAGAUGAUAGCUUGUGAUGACGAAAACUGUACAAUCGAGUGGUUUCAUUUUGAGUGUGUUGGGAUCAUGGUGCCCCCCAGAGGCGAGUGGUUCUGUCCAGGCUGUCGGAAAGCCCGAGGCCUGCCUCCCGCUUAGUCUUAUACAAUUUUAUUAGUUUCUUGUGCUAUAGAAUUUACAGUACUGGUUUUUAUAAAUAAAAGUGUUUAAAGUGUAAAAUAUUAUUCUGUGAAAAUUGUGUGAUUUACACUAAUCAAAACUGUGAAUGUAUUUUUAAUAAUGCUAUCAUAGAGAGCAAUCUCAUAUUUCUAUUCUAUUUAAUACAAGUUGAUGUGUUGAAUUUAGGUAAAGGGGGCUUGUAGUUAAAGUAGAUAAUGACUUUAACUGUGUUCUGUUUAUUUUUUGUACAAUACAAUUCAUAUAACGAGUAAGGGACUUCCUUAAUGUCCUUAAAAAAACCUUUUGUACAUUUGCAUAUAUGUAAAUAUUCAUGUACAUACAU